GUGAUAGGAGGAAAAAAGAUGUGCGUGCUCAUAAAAAUUUUGUACGGGGUGUGAGGCGAAGUUUGUUCGCUGUGAAUAUCCUUCGAGAGAUUCGAGCCAGCGCCUCUGCGCAGUCGAGGAGUGCAUCUUCUCCUGCGAGACAAUCGUGAAGUCAAUCUUCUCGGGCGAGACACUCGUGGAGUGCAUCUUCACGAGCAAGGCAAUCGCAAAAUCCGUCCGUGAGAAAUCGAAAUUCAAUGAACAAUCAUGAAGACAGUGAACCAAAUAGUCGCGAUGAAGAAAUGAAUGAUUUGCAUGAUGUUCAGGCUCCUGAUCUUAAUGCACUGCCAUCGACACGUGUGGGAACAACGUAUGCGGCGUUUGAGAACACUGUAGCGAUUUUUGGGAAUGGUAGCACUGUUGAACCGUUCGGCAUUGGCAGUCGAGAUCCGUGUAAGCAUUGUGGUGCUGAACUGUGACAUCAUGAAACAAAAUGGACAAAGAUGUAUUGCCGAAAAGGAAGCCUUGAAUGGGAGGAAGUUGGUCAUAAAUCCGGAUGCCAUGCCUGAGGAGGAACAUGCAAGGCAUUAUAACCGUCCUAUGGGUCUACAUGAGGUGUGUGUUCUGAUGACCGAUGGGCUCCUUCCUCGUGAGCUAGAGAUUCGUUUACGUGCUCCUCUUCCUGGUGAGCGGCAGACAGUUGUGGUUCCUGAAUGUUCUCGAGCGCACGAUUGCUUAAGGUCCCGUUUUGCGAUUGCACUGGCCGUCAAGUCUAGUGGCAUAGCGGCGACUCUUUUAACGGGGGGUCGAACGUUUCACUCCCGAUUUCGCGCACCUUUGAAACCUGAUAACACGUGUCCCUUCUUGAUUGCGAAACAAAUUGAUCUUGCGGAACUUAUCCGCCGUGCCGACUUGAUUGUUUGGGACGAGGCUCCGAUGAGUAACAAGUUUCACUUGGAAGCUCUUGACAUUACGCUUCGGGACCUGUGUAACAAUGACGAGUCGUUUGGUGAGAAAGUUCUACUUCUCGCUGUGGAUUUUAGACAGGUUUUACCCGUUGUGAAACAUGGAUUGCGAGCGCAACAGAUUGAUGCGUCCAUGAAAAUGUCUCCUUUGUGGAAACUUUUUGAGAUUCAUCAACUGACUGAAAAUAUGCGAAUCUUAAGCUUAGCGGAUGACGAAAUGGCACGAAGGUAUGACCACUUUUUGAUGUGUAUUGGGAAUGGUGACCAUCCUCACGUUGUUCCUAAUGAACCUGAUGGGGUAAGAUUGCCACGUGAGAUUUGUACGGAUAAACUAAUUGAUGAAUUGAUUUCAUGGACGUUUGAUGAUGUGUCCAACCAUGUGGGUGAUGCCGAGUAUUUCUUGCCUCGAUUAAUUCUAUUUCCUACUAAUGACGAUGCCGGUUCUGUUAACAACCGUGUUCUUGACGACUUCCCUGGGGAGAAUACCCUUGAUGAUGCUGAGAAAAUGACUGUGGAGGGGGAUGCUGACAAUUGUCGUGUUGAUGGGGAUGGUUCGCGUAGAGGUCAGUCGGGUAGGCCUAUUAACCUUACAUUUCGCGAUCUCGAGGAUGAUAACGUUACCGAUGAUUCGAAAGGAGACUUGGUUGAAUCCACAUUGGUGAGAAAAAGGAGCCGUCGUGCGAAAACUAAUGUUUUGGAUUCACCCCGAGUUUCCGAGCCUACGCUCAAUAAUAAUCGGGUGGAACGGCAACCGGUUGCUCAUGAAACGGGAACUCAGAUUUUAAAAGCGAUAAAUCAGCUCCCUGACGAGGCACUUGCAUCUCUUGAAUUUUGUGCACCGCUCGCUGAACGUGCACGUGUUCGUGAUUCGUGUUCGCAAUCUCAACGCAGUGGACGUGAAAGAGAUGUUUGUUCCACAUCGCAACAGCAAAAUCGUGCGGGUGUUAUUGUGGUGUCUGACGAUAAGCAUGGACCCGCAAUCCAUGCUCCGAAUCCGCGUGCUUACCUUGGGAAAUGGUUCGAGGAUGCGAAGAAGGUUGGCAUACAAAAUGUCUUGACUGAGCUGCUUUUUGAAAUGUUUGUCAAAAGUGCCACAGUCGUAAAAGAUGGACGAAUAUGGAAAAACUUCCUCGAGUGGAAAAGAAACAAACUCACUAAUAUGCGGUUGCAACGAAAAUCCCUUGAGGCUCUUCCUUCAAACCCGUUGAAUGUAUCGGAUUUGGAGGCUUCUUCCAUGUUGAAUUAACUUUUGACCGAUGAGUAUAUUGCUCUCUCUAAUGAAGAGAUUAGUAGGAU